AUGGCCGACGAAGGCAUCGAUCGCAAAGCCGAUGAGCGCAUGGAGUUCUCGACCUCGAAAGAGGUCACUGUCGCGCCUACAUUCGAGCAGAUGAGCUUGAAGGAAAACCUACUCCGUGGCAUCUAUGCCUAUGGCUACGAGUCGCCCUCCGCUGUUCAGUCACGUGCAAUUGUGCAGAUUUGCAAGGGCAGAGACACCAUUGCCCAGGCGCAGUCGGGAACGGGAAAGACGGCCACCUUCAGCAUCUCCAUUCUACAGGUCAUCGACACCGCUGUGCGCGAAACCCAAGCUCUCGUCCUCUCACCAACCCGCGAACUUGCGACUCAGAUUCAAUCCGUCAUGCUCGCCCUCGGAGACUACAUGAACGUGCAGUGCCACGCCUGCAUUGGGGGAACCAACGUGGGAGAAGACAUUCGCAAGCUCGAUUACGGACAACAUGUGGUCUCUGGUACACCUGGUCGCGUGGCAGACAUGAUCCGGAGACGAAACCUGCGCACUCGUCACAUCAAGAUGCUGGUCUUGGAUGAGGCCGACGAACUCCUUAACAGAGGCUUCCGAGAGCAGAUCUACGACGUUUACCGCUACCUGCCGCCCGCAACUCAAGUUGUAGUAGUCUCUGCCACUCUCCCAUACGACGUCCUCGACAUGACGACCAAGUUCAUGACCGAUCCCGUUCGCAUUCUCGUCAAGCGUGACGAGUUGACUCUCGAGGGGCUCAAGCAAUACUUCAUCGCUGUCGAGAAGGAAGAGUGGAAGUUCGACACACUUUGCGAUCUGUACGACACGCUCACCAUCACACAAGCAGUCAUAUUCUGCAACACCCGCCGCAAGGUCGAUUGGCUGACGGACAAGAUGCGCGAUGCCAACUUCACGGUCUCGAGCAUGCACGGAGAGAUGCCUCAAAAGGAGAGAGACAGCAUCAUGGGCGAAUUCCGACAAGGCAACAGCAGAGUCCUGAUCAGUACCGAUGUGUGGGCCCGUGGUAUCGAUGUUCAGCAAGUGAGCUUGGUUAUCAACUACGACUUGCCCUCGAACAGAGAGAACUACAUCCACCGCAUCGGUCGAUCUGGUCGUUUCGGGCGCAAGGGCGUGGCGAUCAACUUCGUUACUAGCGAGGAUGUUCGAAUUCUGCGCGACAUUGAGCUCUACUACUCGACCCAGAUCGACGAGAUGCCCAUGAAUGUGGCGGAUCUGCUGUCUUAG